GAGUGUGGGAGGGGCGCGCAGCUAUCAGUGUGUGUACGACUCCCGACUGGAUAACACCGCGGAGACGUAGCUGCGGGUCGUCUCGUCAUCUAAAUUUGACUGCCACUCGUAGGUGUAACACUGCGGACUACGGUGGACUGCUUUGGACUGCUAUAAACCGCUGUAGAUUGUGGUGGACUGCUGUAUACUGGGCUGUCGGUACAUCAUCAGCACUCUUGUUCUGUUGCUAGGGAGCCGCGAAACCCAAUGUCACCCUCGGAGCAGGUGCGUGGAGCCGGAGAGGAAGCCCGCCAGCCGUGUGAAAAUGUGAACAGGUGGAGGGGCCUGUUCCUGAGAAUGCAGAAGAGGGGCGUCCUGCCGUCCUGCACGGGGGGGUCCUGGAGCCCCGACCGCGGGACCGGCCUGUACGGACGGCCACUGCUCAGCGUCUGCGGCCACGACCGGAGGCUUCCCAGGCCAAUCAGAGAAGUGCUGGCAGAGCUGUGGAGCAGGGCCCCUGCCACGGAGGGCGUGUUCCGGAAGCCCGGGAAUGCCAAGCGCUUGUCCGAGAUCAAAGCCCGGCUGGAGGCCGGAGAGGACCUGGACGCGGAGGCCCAGCCAGUCCUCCUGCUCGCCGCUCUCCUGAAGGACUUCCUGAGGCAGCUCCCAGACGGCCUGCUGGGGGCGCCGCUGUACCCGGCCUGGAUGAGCGCCAUGGAGAAGGAGGAGGCCCAAAGAUGCUCGGAGCUGAGACAGGUAUCUGAUAGGUUGCCCAAAGCCAAUGUGCACCUGCUGCAGUGCCUCCUGCUGGUUCUGCGACACAUCAGCCGAAGCGCCGACGCCAACAAGAUGGACGCCAGGAACCUGGCUGUCUGCAUCUCGCCCAACCUGCUCCCCGUUGAGCCCCUGUCCCUGGAAAAGGUGGAGAAGGUCACGGCCCUGACGCAGUUCCUCAUCGAGAACUGCGGCGAAAUAUUCGGCGACGGCCCGCAGACUCUUGCCGUGGACCCUGCCGAGGAGGACCGGCUCGCUGACAGCACAGACUCCCUAUCGUCACAUGGGCAGGACUCGGCCUAUGACAGCGCAGACCCGGAGGCGGAAGCGGACCCGGCGGCAGACAGACCGCCGUCCCCCGCGGCCGCGCAGGAGAUGGCGGUGGCCACGCCUUCUCGCCGGCCCUCCUGCGGCGCGCCCCGCCGCCCGGACCGGCCCGUGUGCCGCCGGCGCUCGGAGCCCGCCAUGCUCCGCUCGGCCGGCAUGCGCACGCUGCUGUCGCUCGCCCGGGGCGACGAUGGGGACCGUCUGGGCCGGCCGCUCUCCAAGCAGAUGUCAGCUCCGCUCCCCCCCGUGAUGUACAACUCAGACUCCUCCCCCUGCUCAGACUCCUCCCCUCACCCGGGCUCCUCCCCUUGCACUGGCUUCUCCCCCUCGGCGGAGAGCAGCCCCUGUGAUGCGUCUGGCGACCGCACCUUAGUCCUCUCUAGCUACGCCCUCUCCCCCAAGUCCCGCCCCCAGGGCUACAACGUCUCCACACCAGGAGGCGGGGUGAAGAGGCGCUCCAGGUCUGUGAGGAGAGAGGACAGGAGGACCACCCCCUGCCACAGGAGCAGCCAAUAAAAAGGACAGCCCAGCACCGGAGGCCACGCCCACUACUACCUGCUACCUGUGUCCACCUGGGGGUCAGUAAGAUCCUCAGCGGGUCCCUGAGCGUCAUGAGCGUUGCAGGACAUCUGUCCCUGCGUCACUGAUCAAGGAUCCAGCAAGCUCCGCCGCCCUCCAUUCCCGCCAAAGCCCUGCCCACCUGAGUCCCUGUCCCGGGGUCAGCAGGAGACCAUGAGCUACCGGCCUCUGUUUCGGGGGGGAUUUUGACGUCUGCCAUUUUGGGCUAAUGACUGAAAUGCAGCUUCUUGCUUGCAGCCAUUAUACAUUAUAUGCCCAGAAGUAUCUGGACACCCCUUGGUCUGGGGUUGUCUCUCAUAGUUUGGGCCAGGCCCCUUAGUUCCUCCAGUGAAGGCAAAUCUUAAUGCUACAGCACACAAUCACAUUCUAGACAAUUCUGUGCUUGUGAAAAAGCAAUACGUCAUUUUCCACAGUUUGCUGUUUGUAGUACAAUUUUUAAUACAAUAGUAGUAUUUUCAUAUUGAAAGUCUUACCAAGAAUUAUAAUAUAAUGGACAUAGAUGUGUUGUCUUUGUCAACAAAUGUAAAUCUUACUGUAAAUUGUGUAAAUAAAAAAACUCUUUAUUUGAA